ACUAGCAUCUUUUUAAUUGGCUGCUAUUGCCACAGCCCUUGUAUUUUAGUACUGAGACCUGGGGCUCUAGUUGUUUUGAGCCAGUUGAGCUGCUGCAGCUUUGGGUGAGGUGGAGGUAGGAGGCGGCGGCCGCUCCCAUCCUUCCUUCACCUCCAUCUAUCUCCAAGCUCGAUCUUCUGCUGAAUAAUCUUCAGAUUUGUGGGGGGUGGUAAUUCUAGCUUAUCAUCUGAUCUGACGUAGAAUCUGAAUGCCUGUGUGGUGGUAUUUCUUUCGCUGAAUCCUGUAAAAAAUGUCGGAUUUUUGCUGAAUGAUAAACGAAACAGAUGCAAAGAUUCAUGCAGUGGAGUGGAGAAGAGAAGGAAUAAGGAGAAGCCUUGAACUGACUUGCAAUGGUGAUGAACUAACUAAUUGACUGCAGGAGAGGAGAUGGGUGACGUGGCCAAGGACCUGACGGCCGGCACGGUGGGCGGGGCGGCGCAGCUGGUCGUGGGGCACCCCUUCGACACCAUCAAGGUGAAGCUGCAGAGCCAGCCGACGCCGCCGCCGGGGCAGCCGCCCAAGUUCGCCGGCGCCAUGGACGCCGUCAAGCAGACGCUGGCGGCCGAGGGGCCGAGGGGCCUGUACAAGGGGAUGGGGGCGCCGCUCGCCACCGUCGCCGCCUUCAACGCCCUCCUCUUCACCGUCAGGGGCCAGAUGGAGGCCGUGCUGCGCUCCGAGCCCGGCGCGCCGCUCACCGUCAGCCAGCAGGUCGUUGCCGGCGCCGGCGCCGGAGUCGCCGUCUCGUUCCUGGCCUGUCCCACUGAGCUCAUCAAGUGCAGGUUGCAAGCCCAGAGCGCGUUGGCGUCCGCUGCUCCUGCCGCCGCCGCCGCUGCCGCCUCUCCCGUCGGCGGAGGCGCGGCCACGGCGACGGCGAGCGUGGCGGCGGUGAAGUACGGCGGGCCGGUGGACGUGGCGAAGCAGGUGCUGAGGUCGGAGGGCGGCGUGGGGGGGCUGUUCAAGGGGCUGGGGCCGACGCUGGCGCGGGAGGUGCCGGGGAACGCGCUCAUGUUCGGCGUGUACGAGGCGAUCAAGCAGUACCUCGCCGGCGGGCAGGACACGUCGUCGCUGGGGCGGGGGUCGCUGGUGGUGGCCGGGGGCCUCGCCGGCGCCUCCUUCUGGGGGUCGGUGUACCCGACGGACGUGGUGAAGAGCGUCAUCCAGGUGGACGACUACAAGAACCCCAAGUACUCCGGCUCCAUGGACGCCUUCAGGAAGAUCCUCGCCGCCGACGGCGUCAAGGGCCUCUACAAGGGCUUCGGCCCGGCCAUGGCGCGCAGUGUCCCCGCCAACGCCGCCUGCUUCUUGGCCUACGAGGUCACUCGCUCUGCACUAGGCUGAACUCAUGUAUCAUUACAUCCUCCUCCUUCUUGACCCUUAAUUUUCUUCUUCUGAUUCUGAUUCUGAUUCUUGCUGUCAUCCAUCUCAUCUGUGGAUGUAAGAACAGUGUAAUUCUGUACACACAAAUACUAUCUUUAUAAAAAUUUCCUAGAUCACACAAA